AUGAUUAAAUCAACACUCAAAGUACCUUCAUCAAUUCCUCAGCCAGAAUAUGAUGUCACUACUGGGAAACCCUUGGUCGUACUGGAUCACAUUCAUGUCAAUUCUGAAUCCGAAAUAAAAGGCAUGUAUGCUUCUGGAAAGCUGGCUCGACAAGUACUUGAUCUGGCAGUUGCAAUGGUUAAACCUGGAGUUACCACGCUAGAAAUCGAUGCUGUUGUUCAUCAGUCAAUCAUCAAUGCUGGAGCGUAUCCAAGCCCAUUGGGAUAUCUCAACUUUCCCAGAUCGGUAUGUACAUCCAUUAACAAUGUUCUUUGUCAUGGUAUUCCAGACGAUAGACCACUUGAGGAUGGAGACAUUAUUAAUAUCGAUGUAACCGUGUACUUGAAUGGAUUUCAUGGAGACACAAGUAGAACUGUUUGUGUUGGAGAUGUCGAUCAAGCUGGACAAGCUCUCGUGAAUGCUACCAAAGAAUCUCUGGAUUCUGCUAUUGCUGUAUGCGGUCCAGGAGUCCCCUUUAGCGCGAUUGGAUCUGUUGUAAGCAAAUUUGCUCGAUCUGGUGGAUAUAGUAUUAGUAGAGAUUUUUGUGGACAUGGCAUUGGACGCCAAUUCCAUCAACCUCCUUAUGUAUUGCAUUACAAAAAUAAUGAACCGUGGAUUAUGCAGCCUGGCAUGACAUUUACCAUUGAGCCGGUACUGUGUCAGGGAGAUAACGGAUACGCCAAGUGGCCUGAUGCGUGGACGGUGGUAUCGUUGGAUGGUGGCCGAUCAGCGCAAUUUGAACAUACUGUGCUGAUUGUUGAUGAUGGUGUAAAAAUACUAACAUAA